ACUACGGUACCCGCAUCUCCCGGCGCCACCCCUGCCGUCGCUCUUGCUAAAUGCGACGAGUGUCUACUCGUUGGAACUGACCAACUGGACAGUGGACGGUCACGUCUACCUGGACCGCAUGUCGGCCGCGAUGACGGGCUUGUUCACGUGGCGAGUGCGCGGUGUUAUGCAUGUCUUCGACAUCAAGAGCUGGCGGCAUUUCACGGCCACGGCCGAAUCCAAGAGUCCGUUGGACCCGGCCUUUGUGCUACCUCUCCACCGCAUUUGCUGAGUGGUGCGGCCCAUGAAAGACCGAGUACACCACUGUAG